AUGAAGCUGCAAAUCUUGGAGACUAGCAGGGAAACCUCUAUAUUUGAACGUUCGGUUACUUUGCAACUCAAUACUGGAGAAUCGUCGAGUUUUCAUUGGGUUUAUUUGCGUGAUAAUUGUACCUGUACGGAGUGCUUUCACGUCCAAACGGUUCAGCGGACUAUAAACACAUUUGCAGUUCUUCCUUGGAAAGUGAAUGCACAGACUCUUGAGACAUCUACUGUCGCAGAUCCUAAGUUUGAAAUAUCUGAUGAUAAUAAUACACUAAACGUCAGAUGGCCUGAUGGUCACGUGAGUGAGUUUCAGGAGUCCUGGUUAAUUAAGCAUUCGUAUAAUCCGCCUGUGAUGGGCAAGCCAUUAGUCCUUUGUUUCCCUCCCAAGAUUCACUGGAAUAGUGCUCAGUUCUCUGAUUGGCUUGAGGGCGGUGAGCAUUUCAAUACAUUUUACGGAGACCUAGAGCGCGCACUGCCAAAGGUGCUACUGGAAGUGUACCAAUACGGGUUCUCUUUUAUUCGUGGUAUUCCACCAACCAUGGAAGGAACAAGGAAAGUAUCUGAGGCUAUUUCGAUCAUUCAACCUUCUCAUUACUGCGCAGAUGUGUGGGAGGUGACUUCCAAUUUGUAUAAGAACGACAGUGCUUAUACAAACGUGGGGAUCGAUCUUCACAGCGACGGCAACUACUGGAAAGAACCACCUGGCUUGCAGUUGUUUCACUUAUUAGCGCACACUGAUGGGGAAGGUGGUGAAACAAGACUUGUGGAUUCUGCCAACAUAUUGGACCAAUUGCAAGCUCUAGCUGCCAGGGAUGAGUCAUGGCAGGUCACCUACCAAGUUCUAACAGAAUACAAGGUACCAUUCCAUCAGUCUGGCGAAAAGGAAAAUGUAUUUUACCAGGAUGGCUACCCAACCUUGAAUUUGAACUCUAAAAAUGAAUUGGAGCAGUGUAGAUGGAAUACAAGUGAUAGGAUAUCUCAAGCACCAAAGUCCUCCAAAUUCACUGUUCCGCAAAUAUAUGAGGCAUUUUUUAGGUUCAAUUCCUUAAUUAAUGAUCCCAAAAACUUUGUGAAGUUUGCCUUGACUCCAGGAGUAGCUUUGGUGAUAGACAACGUUCGUGUUCUUCAUGCUAGAACUUCAUUUACGGGAUAUAGAAGACUGAGUGGUACUUAUCUGACAAGAGAUGACUAUAUGGCCAGACUGAGAUCCUCAUUGUUCAAAAGAGAAGAAUUGCUGAACGAUCUAUAUGAAUAG